GGUUGCUAUGAGACUUCAGCGAAGACUUUCGUUUUCCUUUCCCCGGUUUAGAUGCGGAGCUGGUAUCGGCAGAUGGGAGGAAAAUGGCUGGUUUAGAGGCGCUGUACACCUGUGUCGCAGAUAGAAUCGAGUGUCCGCAGGACGCCGUCGUGUGCUUCGUUCACUGGGAAAUGAUAAAGAAUGGCUACCGGUGCAUCGGAUCUGGAGACGAGCCUAGCAGCCGUGAUAAGAAGUCAGAGCUGCUUCCUGCUGACUGGAGCAGCAACAAGGAGCUGUACAGCCUGCGCUAUAAGUCCGGCGACACGGACACCGUGAUGGUGCUGAAGGCCAUCGCCGUGGACUCCACGCUCAUCUUCAACCUGAUGAACUCCGGCACUAAGCAGGUUUCAGACCUGAUGGUGAACGUGGCCGACCACACCAACGCUGACCAGCUGCACACGUUUGACAGACAGCUGGUCGGUGACGGAGCCUCUCUGUGCUGCAGCGUGUUCAGAGACGCAGACGGUUUGUCUGAGAAGGUGAAGGCUCAGCUGCUGCCGCGCCCAGAGAAAGCGCCGGAGCGCAGCAGACGGGAGCAGGGCGAGUCGUCUCAGAGGAGGAGGGAGGAAGACGGCGACCCCCUGCGGCUGCCCUGCAGACACCCCCGCCACGGGCCGCAGCCUCACUGGCCCGACCCGCUGAAUCCUCCAUUCGCAGCCGGAGGAGCAGAUCUGGAUCCGUUUGGGUCGGCCGGUGGGGGGGGGAUGAUCGUGGACCCCCUGAGGUCCGGGUUUCCUCGCUCCGGCUUCGAUCCGUCCAGUGGGAUCCCAGACAUCCUGCCUCCUGGAGCCGUUCCCCCAGGGGCCCGCUUUGACCCGUUUGGACCCAUUGGACGCCACAGACCGGGGCCCGACCCCGACCACAUGCCGCCGCCCGGAUACGAUGACAUGUUCAUGUAGCGCUCUGCGCCGUUUCCUGCUUCCAGUAUUCCUGCUCACACCGCAGAACCGGGUCCAGUUCUGGUUCCGGUCCGGAACCACUACGGAUCGUCCAAUGACGGGAGGGAUUCUCUGAAAAUGACAAAUAAAAUAUUCACUCAGACUCCUUUAGAAAUUUUUAUGAAUUGUUUUAUUCUGUGCAGAUUCAGAUUGAUCCUGACCUUUGACCCUGAUCUGACCCUGACCUUUCUGCUCGUUAUGAUAAACGUACAUGUCUAUCAUUUCUUUCCUCUGAGUGAAUUAAAGCGACGCCUCAGAGAGAAAACUCGUCACCUUCCAGGUUUGGAUUAUGUUGAUUUACAGAAACGUUUGGGAAUAAUUUCCAUUUCUUCAUAAAAUCAGAUCUUCAGUUUUUUUGGGUUGUUGAUUUUGAAUCAUGGCUGAUUGAUAAUUUCUGCCAAACAUUCUAAUAAAAAACUGCAAAGUUG